ACCCUGAGACCUGAAUUUAUUUUCAUCAGAUUCUCUAAUAAUUCUGGGAUACAAAUAAUUUUCUGCAUUGGGUUCUUCACUAUGUAUAGCCUCACACUUCUGGGAAAUGGCCUCAUUAUAAUCCUUACUCUGGUUGAUACAGCCCUUCAUACUCCCAUGUAUUUCUUCCUGAGGAACCUGUCCUUCCUAGAGAUUUGCUACACUACAGUAACUCUCCCCAAAAUGCUGGUCAAUUUUGUGUCUGAAGUUAAGAGCAUCUCCUUUGCUGGCUGUGCUGCCCAGAUGUAUUUUCUCCUUUCACUUGGAACAGUUGAAUGCUAUCUGCUGGCUGUCAUGGCAUAUGACCGCUACAGGGCUAUAUGUUCCCCAUUGCAUUAUCCAGUCAUCAUGAACAGAAAAGCUUGUGCUCAAAUGGCAUUUGUGUCUUGGCUCUGUGGAAUCUUGUUGCCCCUUGGCAAUGUGGUUUGGAUCUUCACUUUGCCUUACUGUGGCCCAAACAAAAUUAAUCACUUCUUCUGUGAUGUGCCUCCAGUGCUAAAGUUGGCUUGCACUGAUACAACAAAGAAUGAGAUGUCAAUCCUUGCUCUAAGUGUUCUCAUCACAUUAUCCCCCUUUCUACUGGUGCUGGUUUCUUACAUCCGCAUUCUCUCCACUGUACUCAAAAUGACAUCAACAGAAGGUAGACGCAAAGCCUUCUCCACAUGUUCAUCCCAUCUCAUUGUGGUCACUUUGUUCUACGGCUCUGCCAGUGCCAUGUACCUGCGUCCAAAAUCGAGCCACACAGAGAAUAUAGACCGGUUGGUUUCUCUCUUUUAUUCCAUCAUCACCCCUAUGUUGAAUCCCAUGAUUUAUAGUCUGAGGAACAAAGAAGUAAAAGAUGCCCUGAGGAGGCUGAGGGGGAAGAAAAGAUUCCUGUGUGAACUAGGCAAAUACCUUUGUGAGAAAAGAGAUUUUUAG